GAUUAAGGUCGGUUAUGGUUACCUCUAGUAGCCUCUAGGAUCUGUCGACUUUAACCUUUACAUACUGUAACUUCCUCCUGUCUUGGUGGAGGAGGACCUUCCUCGCUAUAGCUGGUUACCUAGUCAGGCUACUUACUACUAGCCUACCUCCCUUGUGCUCUCAACCUUGGCCCCAAAGUGGCAGAAGGCGAAAAAAAACUUGGCCUACUCUAAAAUGACUAGAUCGACAUUGCGACAAACUCGGACGCAUGCAAGUCGCAAAUAUCAAAAGUCGUGUUCGGUUUAUUGGAUUUAUUGGGGGGUUUUUUUUUAUUUUUUUUUUAUUUUUUUACCGAUGAUGCUAGUCAUUGAUGUCCGAAACCCCCGGCUCACCACCGUCAGCGAACAAUUC